AUGAGUUCGAAACCUCAGACCCAGCGCACUUCGAGAACGCGCGCUAAAAGAGCCUGUAUUACAUGCAAUGCCCGACGGGUCAAAUGUAAUGUCGUCGAGAAACAGCCUUGCGAUAAUUGCCGGGCCGCGGGCUCGCAUUGCGAGAUUGGAGUGUCGAGGAGGGGGAAAUAUCCUCGUUAUAUUGUUAGCCCUCAUCCAAAUGUGGUACAUGCAACUCCACAACUUGCAGAAUCCGUGAAAAGUACAGCGAAUCCACCUAGAGAUGGAUCAAGAAUCAAACGGGACAUACUCUCUCCCGACACCAGCGCGCACGUUAACAGCACAACAUUCGAACCACCGCGCCCGCAAGUCAAAAGCGAACUCGAUCAGAUCAUUUUCUUCGGCGAAUCCAGUCCCCUGACAUGCGUCGUCGAAGAAGGCAACAAACCCCUCGAAGCUGGUGGCUCAAUAACCCAAUCAAACAAAAUCCGAUGGCAAUAUCCAAUCCCCGAAGACGUAUGUCGGCGAUCGGCCAGUUUUUCGCUCUUCGCAAGUCGCAAGGCGCGCAAAAUUGAGCAAUUGACGCGUGAAGGGGCUUUUGACUUUCCCGAGCCUGCUGUGUGUGAGAUGCUUCUCAGGGCUUAUUUUGAAUGGUUCCAUCCUUGUUUUCCGAUUGUCGAUAGGGUGGAUAUUAGCAAGUCGUGUAACGACAAGACGAUAUCGCCGCUGUUGCUGCAGUCUAUGCUUUUUAUCGGUGCUAGUCUGUGUAGUGAUGAGGCGCUUCAGGCUUCGGGGUUUCGUGAUCGUUAUGAGACCAAGUUCCAUUUCUACGAUCGCGGUAAAGAAAUUUUUGACGCGGAUUGUGAGACAGAUUCGUUGUCGAAGUUGCAGGCGGUGUUUCUGUUGAGUUUUUGGCGGAGUACCCCUGGCCACGAGAAGGAUACCCGGUAUUGGUUGGGAGCUGCUAUCAGUCUUGCUCAGACCGGAGGCUUGCACAUGCUGGCCAAAUUAUCUCUUCUAAAACCCAAGGAGAAGAGUGUAAGGAAGCGGAUAUUCUGGUCCCUUUACAUUCGUGAUCAACAAGUCGCCGCAGCUUACGGUCUACCACCCCGAAUCCGAGACGAGGACUGUGAUAUUCCAAUUCUAGAUGAGACGGACUUUGAUGAGUCAGGCUUCGUUGGAAAUAGGGCCAUCUUUGGCACACAACGACCCGAGCAUAUCUCGUACAUAAUACAGAUGGCAAGGGCGGCUCGGCUGCUUCGAGAAGUAGUCUCGGCAUCAUACCUCCCCGGCAGACUUCGAUAUGAUCCCAAGGAUCGUGAAAAACUAAAAGCCCGAUUGGUGCAAUUCGAGUCAGAAUUACCUCCAGAACUCAAGCUUUCACAAGCAUUAGAGAAUGGUACAAUGUACUUUGCGGGAAUUGUCAAUAUUACUUACAAUUAUCUAUACAUACUUCUUUACCGACCAUCAUACCUCGAUCCUUCUGAUGAAAAGAAACAAAAGGAAGGAAGACUCGCUCUUCAAGCUGCGUGCCAGUGUACUCGGAUCCUCGAGGAUAUGCUAUCUCACAAUUUGAUUGAGCAUGGCAUGUUGCAUUUAAUCACCAACAUAUUUGCCGCCCUCUGCAUCCAUACCGUGCAGUUCUCGCGCUCUGAAGGCACAGAACGAAAACUCGCCGAACACCGAGCAAAGCUCUGCUUACUUGGUUUGAAGGAACUACAAAAAUCCUGGGAUUUAAAUUACUGGGUCUUGGAAAUAUUCUUUCAUUGUCUAGAUGAAAACACGGCGGAAUACUUGAAGAUAUCUGAAGAGAAGAACAACAGCAACAAGACAGCUAUCAUAGCUCACACAACCCUGAAUACCGACCAUAUGAACAUCGACUCAACGGCAUCCACAACGGCGGGCAUUACAAACUCAUCGAGACAGUUGCAACUACGCAGUAGUCACUUGUACCCGGACUCAAUCAAACCAGCCUCAGCGGUGGCUUCAGUGGAAAGCUCUCCUCAACCUCAGCCACCAGCGGUACAACCAGCACAGCAGCAGGAACCGCAACAGCAACAGCAAAACCAACACCAACGGACAGAAGAAGUCCUCGACGAAGAUCAGCCUCAAAACUGGUCGGAGAUGACGCCCUUAUCUCUGCCCAGCAAUGAAGUCGACAUCGACUUGACAGAGCCGUACUUAUUUGACGAAGAGUUUGCACGGAAUUUUGGGUCCUGUACACCACGACUGGACGCAUUGAAUUCGACGAAUUUGGACUUUUUGUAUCGUUAUCUAUAA